CGCCUCUUUCUCCAUCCACUGCUGACUUUAAUUGACCCUGGGAAGGGCACACACACACACACACACACACACACACGUACACAUAAGCAGGGAGUGUCCGAGCUUCAAUAUGAUGCUGCUUAGAAGAUCGGACGACGUGUUCUUUCUUAAUAACUUGUCUUUGCCGCUGUAGGAUUCCCCAGGAACACACUAGGACCACACUAGUGUGUGCGUGUGUGGAAGUGUGUGUGUGUGUGUGUGUGUGAGUGGCGUCAUUAUUGCCUGGUCUGAUUCCACCCCAGAUGGUGCUCUGCUUGGUCAUGGACUCCAGGGAGGAUGGAGAUGCCUGGAUGGAGGAGCAGUGGGAGAAAUGGCUAACUCAUGACAUGAGUCUGGAUGAGUAUGAAGAUGACGACCUGUCAGAGGUGACGGAGAUCACGGAUGAGAAUGAGGGCCGUCUGAGCUGCAGUGAUUAUGAUAUUCAGGAACACAUGAUCCAUCCGGCCAAUGGGAGCGGGGACUUGGGCCGGAGGAGGGGGGCCGUGGAGCUGCAGAAGGAGAUGCUUCAGCUGGACCUGAUAGACGCUGAGGGAGGCACCCAGGAAGAAGGAGGAGAAGACGAAGAAGAGGAGGAGGAGGAAGAGGAGGAGGAGGAGAGGCCUCUGCUGCUCAUCGAUGAGCACCAAGAGGAAGAGCGAUCGCUGAUCGCCGCCAUGGAUACAUACCGGCCCAAGAGACCCACCACCCUUAAUCUGUUCCCGCAGGUGCCAAGGACUCAGGACACCAUUAAUAAUAACUCUUUUGGUGAAAAAGACAGAAGGAAAGAGAAGAAGACCCAUUCAUCUUCACCUCACAUAAAAGGGGCCCAGCCUCCCACUGCUGAACAUGUUACCCCAGCCGAAGGGGACAAGGUCCAAGCCAGCAGCCGGUUGGAUGCUAAGCCGCGUGUGGCUGCUUCUAUGACACACAAAGCUCCAGUGUCUAACUGCAAGAAGCAGGAUAAACCUUCUGACAGUGUGGGCAACAACAUCUGUACAGUCCCGGUGUCCAAUCACACAGCCAUGAAGGACACGACCAGGGACGGGAAUUUGACUGGGACUAUCAGCAAGGAGAAAACCCACUAUAAUUCCGUGAAUGGCUGCCGGGAACAUGUUCAGUACUCUGGAGAAAAUGGGUAUACACACCACCACUCAGAUAAAAACAAGGACAGGAGUAAGGAGACGAGGCCGGACAUCCAGUUGACGCCGGUAGGUGCUGAGCAGGAGAGACCUUUCCUUUCCCAAAGCAGCGACAGCAACCGCAUGUCCAUCAGCUCUGAUAAUGAACUCCCUCCCCUGCAUUUCCAUUCUCUAGCCGAACGUACCAACCCAUCCAUCAGCGAAGAGGAUGAAGUGUACCCUCCAACACCUCCGUGCAGGACUGAUAGCCUCAGCGAGGCAACAGACUCUGUUUCGAAUGCAAAAACAGGGGACACAGCAGCUGUGAACACGGCAGUUAGCACGGACGCCUCGGGACUGACGUACGACUCGGUGAAAUACACCCUGGUGGUGGACGAGCACUCUAAGUUGGAGCUGGUUAGUCUAAAGCAGUGUUACCAAGGCUAUGACAGCGACAGCGACAACACCGUCUACGAGUCGGCUGUGGAUGAGGAUGAGGAGGAUCAUGAUGUGGACGACGACGAGGAAGAGUCAGGCGCAGGAGGAAUGAACAGGGACACUUCCGGUCUGUCCACAGACUCCGCCCCUGACACCACGUCAGACAUGCCUCGCUCACGCAAAUUCCUCAAUGUCUUCAUAAACAGACGUCCGCGCUUUCCUGGUGUGGAAGCCUUUGGUCUUUUCUCCUGCAUUAUCGAUGGUGAGGAGAGAGAGCAGAGCCACAGGGCAGUGUUCAGGUUCAUCCCGAGGCACGCGGAUGAGCUGGAGUUGGAGGCGGACGACCCAUUGUUGAUGGAAAUGCAGGCGGAGGAUUUGUGGUGUGAAGCCUACAACAUGCGUACUGGCUCCAGAGGCAUUUUCCCAGCUUUCUACGCAGUUAAAGUCACCAAGGACAACCAGCCUAAAGAGGUCAAAAGUGACUGGCUAGACACAUUCUGGGUGAAAUUCCUGGGUUCUGUUCAAGUGCCAUAUCAUAAAGGGAAUGAUGUGCUUUGUGCAGCUAUGCAGAAGAUUGCCACAAACAGAAGAACAAUGCAGUUUAACCCUCCCUCCAUGUGCAUCGUGGAAAUCAACAUAAGAGGAGUGAAGAUCAUCGUUCAGGACGAGUGUGACGUUUCUGGAAGCGGUGACAAGUACUGUCACUUCUUUCAGCUGAAGAACAUCUCUUUCUGUGGAUGCCAUCCAAAGAACAAAAAGUAUUUUGGAUUAAUCACCAAACACCCAGCGCACCAGAGGUUUGCCUGCCAUGUGUUCUUCUCAGAGGAGCACGCCGCAUAUCUGGCUGAAUCUGUCGGCAAAGCAUUUCAGCAGUUCUACAAAGAACACAUGGAGUACUCCUGUCCCACAGAAGACAUCUUCCUCGAAUGACCUUUGCCCUGUUGCGUACUUUUGGACUACUGUAUAACCUAUUAUCCAAGGUGUUGCAUGAUGGGUCACAAAAAUCUCCUUAACAUGUCAUGCUACAAUGUUUAUGUCUAUUUUAGACAAAGCGUACAAUUAAAAAGAGACACAACAUGUGUUUUUAGCCACUGCAUCCUUUGAAUAACAAGAAAAAGCCUUCACCAACACUUCCAACAUCCUCUUCAGUGAUUUAUUCAGAGCCAAAUUUAUUCAAAUGCUGUCUCUAAUUCAUAGAAAUCAUAGAAAAAGUGCAAUUCUAUGAAUUUUCAGCAUUGAACCAAAUGCACAGUGACCAAACUUAAAAAAAUGUAAAAACGAAAACCUAAUUAAAAUGGUUUCUGUACAUUAUUGAAGACAAACAUAGGUUCUACUUCACUGUAACCUUUGGUUCACGUGCACUUUGCUUAGAACAAUGGGACGUAUGCUAGAAUGCUAGCAAAAGCCAGUAUGCUGGUAAAAGCUAGGAAAAGCUAGCACGCUAACAUGCUUUUGUGCUAGCUUUUAGGGUUCUCACAGUGUCGGUCUGCCAACAUCCACUGUUUUUCUGUUGUUUUGCACCAUGUUGUUGGAUGUUGUGUUCAGUGUGCUUCAAUAUUCAAAUCCAUCCAACUGUAUCAAUGCCUAAAACGUGCCCAUGCCAUGUCUGACUGAUCUCUGAAUUUAUGUAGCUUUGGCAACCAAAUGUUUUCUUUUUAUUUAGUUCAUAUACAGUGUGAAUGAAGUAUGCAUGUUAUACAGUGCAGUCCAUAAGAAAUCGGUUACAGAUUGCUAAAACAGACCAACUCUGUGAAACAUGGUGGUGGUAGUGCCAUGCCUUGGUCCUGUACAUUUAAUAAUUUAAUAAUAACUCAGUGGACAGCAUCUCACUUUGCAUCACUGACCUGAAACACAAUGCUAAAAGAACUAUGGAGUGUAAGAUUUUUUGACGGACUGAUUGACCUGACCUCCACAGAGCUGCAUUUCACUUACUGAAGAAAUGACUGAAGUCAAAAAGCUCUCAAAAGAAGCAGGAAGUGAAAAUUACAUUGCAGGCCUCAUUACUAAGCAACAUUUCUAGCCAAUUAAGAAACCUGACAAUUUUAUAUGUUACGUUCCUCAAUUACUUUUGGGCGUUUAAAACGCAGAGACAAUGAGUAUGUAUUACAUCAUGUCAGGUUCAAACUCAACAUAUCAUAAUCAAAUAUUGCCCAAGAAGAGCUGCAGUUUUUUUUAAACAACUACAAUUAAAUGUAGUCAGUGUUUUUCAAAAUUUUAACCUGUCAAUCACACAUUCCCUAUAUUUCCCUAGUAAUGACCUCAUAACCAAUACUGUAGUCUAGUUCAGCUUUUUAACUUUUUAUCUUAAAACCAACUAUUUAAGAUGCUAAAAUAUGGUUUGGCUAACUACUAGCUAUCAUAGUCAGCAAUAUAGUAUCAUGGCAUUGGGUGAAUUUCCAGUUUCAGUGAUAAUUCAGUAUCAUUUUCUAAAAAAAUUCAAUGUAUUAUAGUAUGCACAGUAACUUAUGGGCUGCACUGUAUGUUAUAAGCAUACAAUCAUUCAACCACUAAAAUAUAUUAAUUAAAACAGAUUAAUCAUAUUUAAACAGAGGGUGAUGUACAGUGUUAAAUGUUAAAAAUCCCUCGUACUAUUAUGAAAUAUGGUGACUAUCAUAUUUAUGAAAGAAAUAUACUGAGCUUCAAAGCAAACGGUUUAUUGUAAUUGUACACUUUACACAGGUUUGGGCUCUCACGAUCCUAGCAGUAGAGCACACAGUAUAUAAUGAAUUAAGGCGAAGAAUCUAUGCCCAAUUUCAUUUUUUAAGCCUUUUGGAAUGAACACACCCUUACCAGCAUGUACUUCAAUCUGAACUGAAGCUUAACCACAAAGAGUAUGCAAUAUUUAACCCUUUGAGUGAGUGAGUGAGUGAGUGAGUGGUUUGAAAAGUGUGUAUCUAGUUGACAUCUAUUGUUCAAACCAAAUUAAACCGUUGUAAGGAAGUGGAUUAUGGGACUUCAGCACAUUACUAUGCCAAAAUAACCCAGUUUAGGUCAAUUCUGGAUAAAAGUGGGUGUGAAAAAAAAGUGAUCAUGAAUUUAUAGAUGUUUAUUAUGAAAAGUGAUGAUGUUUGGACCGUAUGUGUCUUCAGAUCAAUCCUGCAAAACCACAAGUUGUGCCUAUUCAUUUUGUUUGUUGUGUUUAUUGUACAUGGUGUUUUUAUUUUUAUUUUCGGAUGAUUCUUGACUGUACUAUGGAACUCGUAAAAUUAAACUUGGUUUGUAAA